AUGACUGAGGCCGUCAUCCCCAUCACCUACAUCCCGCGGAGCGACAUCCCCCCCAUCACCCUUUCCCCCUCCUCCACCCCUCCCACCACCACCCGCUACUUCAUCGACGACCGCCUCAGCCUCCCCGACGGCCCCUGCAUCUACGUCGUCUACGAGCAAGACGCCGCCGACCUCCUCAUCGGCCCGCCACUUCACAUCGCCGUCGACGCGAUCCUCGAAUACGUCUCCCCUGCGCACCUCGAGGACUUCGAGAACUGGCGCUUCGAGCACCCGGAACAGGAGCCGCCGAUCAUCAAGGUCAAUGGGAAGGACAUCCCGCCGAAGAAGCGCAAACGGUCGCCGAAGAGCCGGAUCGUAACGACGGCGCCGUCGCGGGUGGAUGGGGAGUCGAGCGAUGAGUUCGUGCAUCCGAAGAAGAAACGCUCGAAUAUCGUUGUGCCGGUCGUGAAUGGCUCGGCGAAUAAAGUGAAGAAGCGAGGGAAACCAGCGGGGGUCAGGAAAAAGGAUCUCACUACCAAAGGAGGGCAGCAUCUCGCGUUACCUAGUCGAUUCAACUCGUCGACAUCACAAUCCCCGUCCCGCGCCGUCACUCCACUCACCCGACCCCAUCAACCCUCCUCCACCUCGCUCUCCACCUCCUCCCCACCACCCGACAGCACCAAGCGGAAAUACUCCAUGCUCCAAGCCGUUGCGCCCCCACCCGCCGACGAAUACGAAAUCGAACGCAUCCUCCGGCACCAGGACAUCGGCGGGAUGAUGUUCUACUUCGCCAAGUGGGUGGGGUACGGGGAGGCGGACGGGACGUGGCUGAGUGAGGAGGAGUUGGGGGGGGCGGCGGAAGUGUUGAGGGAGUAUAAACGAUCGGGUGCGUGGGUGGGGAGUUGA